UCCCUCCAUGCUUUUACUGCUCCAUAUUACCAUAUAUAUCGUAUAGUAUUACCUCCGAACUGAAGAUCCGAUCGAGCGCAGCAAUAAUAUAUCAUCGGUACGUGUCGAUCGGCGAUCCAAGUGGAGAUAUAAUAUAGUAUAUAUAAUAUAUGCCGAAUCCAAGUGGAGACAGAAGAAGCAGCAAAGAUGGCGACGAGAUUUAUGAGGGUGGCCGGGAGGCGUAUUCGGAGAUGGUUUCGCCAUUAUUGGCGGCGGGGAUUAACAGAGAACGAGAGAUGAGUGUGAUGGUGUCUGCUCUGGCUCACGUCGUGGCGGGUGACGACGACAUGACCGCCGGCGGCGGCGCUGAUGGAAUACUUUCGUUGACAAGUUCGUUAUUAGAUUCCGUGGCUAGCAGCGGCAGUGGAGGAUUAUCGUCGUCGUCAACUUCAGUUUGCAGCUCUUACCACCAUGACGACUUCUCUUUACUUGGAGCCUCCACCCUAGGAACAUCAUCAGCUAAGAGUGGUGGUAGAAUAGCAAGAACAAGUAGUGGCCCACCGGAAACUGCGACGUUUAUAUACACUCCGACGACUACACACCAUAACGGCCAAGUCGAGCCGGGAAGACGAUACAGAGGAGUGAGACGGCGGCCAUGGGGGAGAUGGGCGGCCGAAAUCCGAGAUCCCAACAAAUCCGCCAGAGUGUGGCUCAGCACUUUCGACACCGCCGAGGCGGCCGCCGAAGCCUACGACCAAGCCGCCCUCAGGUUCAGAGGCAGCAAGGCCAAGCUCAAUUUCCCGGAAAAUGUAAGCUUGUUGCCUCCUUCUUCUUCGGCUAGGGUUUCGUCUCCGGCCGCUCGCUCUCCGACGCCUUAUUCUAAUUUCGGUUCGCCGGCGGUCGUCAACCGCCCCGGAGAGUUUGUGGUUCAGCAGCUCCCCGUGAGUUUGUUGGAACAACGGAUAUGUUCGUCGGAAUCUUCGUCCUCGAUGCUCCCUUCCGCUCAGCCACCGGUUCGCUUCGGCCACGCCGGCGGCCAGAGUAGCGGAACGGAAUAUCCCGCUGCUUCUUGGUCGGAUUAGACUCACCACCCAUUUUCUUCUAGAGUAUUCUAGAUGAUCUUAAAUUUUUUGAGCCCGCCCCCUCAAUUAAUACUACAAAUUACAAUCCAU